AUGGGAGGAGGACGAAAAACAAAGUCCGGCACGGCCGUCGCACCGAUAUUCCGGACCCGGCCGGACAAAGAGCAGCCGCAUGCAGAGGACCAGCAGGCCCCAGACUCUGAAUCCGAGGACAGUACACGCAGCCACAAAGCUGAAUCCUCCCCCCUCACUAAACAAGACCUCAGAACCCUGCUCCACGACAUGAAAUCCCUGGUGGCUGCAGAACUCACAAAGCACCUGGCCCCCAUUAAGGAGGGCCUGGCAGACCUCACCCGGCGCACCCACGAGGUAGAGGACAGACUGGAAGAGGUGCUCACCACCACAAACGACCAUGAUGCUGCCCUCAAAGACCUCAGAGAACAGAUAACCCUCCUAGAAGAGGCACAGGAGGACCUCAAUAAUAGAUCCAGACGAAAUAACAUCCGAAUAAGGGGUCUCCCUGAAACUUACACACAGGACACCCUAGCUGCCAUGCUGCACGAAGCCUUUAGCAGUUUGCUCCCAGACGCACCGCCGACUGACCUGCUCCUGGACAGGGCACACCGGGCCCUCCGCCCCCCAGCCGCAAACCCCACACAGCCCAGAGACAUAAUACUGCGAUGCCACUACUUCCACACAAAAGAAGCAAUCAUGAGAGCAGUAAGGGAAACCCCCCUCCAAAUCGAAGGCCACACGGUGCAACUGUACCAAGACCUGGCGCCCACAACUCUCCGCAAACGACGAGAGCUACGGCCAUUGACCCAAGCCUUACAACAGAGAAGGAUACGGUACUCCUGGGGCCACCCGUUUAAACUCAUGGUCCGACAUGACAACCAAACCUUUACCCUAACCAGGCCAUCAGAAGCGCAGACUCUCGCCUCCCAACUGGGCCUGAAUGACCUGCAGCUAAACCUACCUGCCAGCUCCCAGACCACCGCACCCCAGCACGGUUCGUGGGAACCCCAGCGCACGGGCGACCGCAGAUACUCUAGGAGACAGCGGCCUACCCAACCACACACUCCACAUGAUUAACUGAUGCUUCCCUUGCAACUACCCAGGGCGCCGCUGUCGCAGAUUCCUGCUGCCCCGGUGCAGACAUGGCCCCCGACAACCCGAUUGCCUCGGAAGGAUAUCCGCGUUUAGGACGCAACCGCUACUUUGCACACCGGGUCCCAAGACUCUCUCCCCAACACGCACCAUCUACCAACCCUCUGCGACUUCGCAGCUGCAAGUCCAACACGACACCAACCAUGUAA